AUCUGGACCUUGGGGCUCUUCCUAGCAUGAAGCGAGGAUCAGGAAGCCUUGGCUACCUCUAGCUGAUGGGAUGUUUAUCAGAGUCACAUAAAACGAGAAAAUUUAGUUGCUAAAUGCACGGCUUUGCUAGCGCAGUACCUGGUGUAAAAUAUAGGAAGCUUUGGGAAGGUGGAUUUUUUUUUCAGUCCUGUUUCAAAUGCAGCUGCAGGUCUCUUUGUUAGGAUGCUUUCGUUUUCAAUUUAAUGCAGUGAUUUUGAAUGGGUUUUUUUCCCUAUAAUGCCAGCUGCUGGGCUUAGCAUUGGGAAUUUUUUUUUUUUAAUAAAUUCAUUUAUUUAUUUUUGGCUGCAUCGGGUCUUUGUUGCCACGAACAGCAGCUACUCUUUGUUGCGGUGAGCGGGCUUCUCAUUGUGGUGGCUUCUCUUGUGGAGCACGGGCUCUAGGCAUGCGGGCUUCAAUAGUUGUGGCACAUGGGCUCAGUAGUUGUGGCUCGUGGGCUCUAGAGCGCAGGCUCAGUAGUUGUGGCGCACGGGCUUAGUUGCUCUGCGGCAUGUGGGAUCUUCCCGGACCAGGGCUCGAACCCGAGUCCCCUGCAUUGGCAGGCGGAUUCUUAACCACUGAGCCACCAGGGAAGCCCAAGCAUUGGGAGUUUAAAGUGGACCUCGGGGGCUGACAGUAGUGAAUACUGACAGUGGUGGUCAGUACUCUAGGUCUGGAUAGAGAGCCAGAAAUUGCAAGCUGCCUCAGUGGGCUUCACAGAGGAGAAAACUUUGAACUCAGUCCUGAAGGAUAAGUUGACAUUUGCCUGAGGUAGAAGGGGCUGAAGGGAGCCCAGGUAGAAGGAACUGCAUGGGCAAAGGCCAUGAUGCCUGAAAGAGGCUGGGCCGUUUGGGCAGUAUUGACAAGUGCAGUGUGGCUAGUGGAGACCAGAGGCUGGUUUGGUCAGGCUGAGACCAGAAUUGAUCCUACAGGCAUCCUCAGGUCUGUAGAGGUUUUGAGCAGGGAGAUGCUGUGAUGUGGUCAGAUCAGAUUUUGGGGAUACCCUCUGGCGGCAGCAAGAAAGGAGCAGGGAGCAACUCUGGGAGGUAGGAAACCUGGAGGGUAGUGUUCAAGACCCCGACCUUGAUCCAAAUAAAGUAGAGGUGAUGGGGUCCUGAGAGCAGACUUGACACCCAUCGAGAGGCAGGACUGUCAGAAUGUUGUACCCCUUGUGAUGCAGUGGCUGGGAGAGGUGGCAUAUGUCAGGGGGUGCCAGGUUCCUGCUCAGAAUACAAGGUGGAGGAAAAACAGAUCUUGGGAGAAAGAUAGUGAGCUCCAUUUUGGACACUUCACUUUUGAAGAGCCUAUGAACAUUCCAGUGUUUAAUCAGCAGCUGCAAAUAAACCUGGAGUUCAGGAAGGUCUGGGCUAGGGAUGUGGAUUUGGACCAGAAUAAUCACCAGUGGAUGAUAGCCAGAGCCCAGGGACAGGCUAGUGUAGAACAUGAUUCGAUACUGUUCAUUAAGGUAUCAACACUAAAGGGACUUCCCUGGUGGUCCAGUGGCUAAGACUCUGCACUUCCAGUGCAGGGGGCCUGGGUUCGAUCCCUGUUUGGGGAACUAGAUCCUGCAUGCAUGCCGCAACUAAGAGCCUGCAUGCUGCAACUAAGCCCGCAUGCCGUAACUAAGAUCCCGCGCGCUGUAACGAAGAUCCUGUGUGCCGAGACUAAGACCCGGAGCAGCCAAAAAAAAAGCUACCUGGUGAUGCCCUUCAUGCAGAUGGACCUGCAGAAGAUCAUGGGAAUGGAGUUCGGUGAGGACAAGAUCCAGUACCUGGUGUAUCAGAUGCUCAAAGGUCUUAAGUACAUCCACUCAGCUGGGGUCAUCCACAGGGACCUGAAGCCAGGCAACCUUGCUGUCAAUGAGGAUUGUGAGCUGAAGAUUUUGGAUUUUGGGUUGGCACGGCAAGCAGAUGCAGAGAUGACCGGCUAUGUGGUGACCCGCUGGUACCGGGCCCCUGAGGUGAUCCUCAGCUGGAUGCACUACAACCAGACUGUGGACAUCUGGUCUGUGGGCUGUAUCAUGGCGGAGAUGCUGACGGGGAAAACUCUGUUCAAGGGGAAAGAUUACCUGGACCAGCUGACGCAGAUCCUGAAAGUGACGGGGGUGCCGGACGCUGAGUUUGUGCAGAAGUUGAAUGACAAAGCGUGCUUUUCUGUCUUCCAGGCCAAAUCCUACAUCCAGUCCCUGCCACAAACCCCCAAGAAGGAUUUCUCUCAGCUCUUCCAGCAUGCCAGCCCCCAGGCUGCAGACCUGCUGGAGAAGAUGCUGGAGCUGGACAUGGACAAGCGCCUGACCGCCUCUCAGGCCCUCACCCACCCCUUCUUUGAAUCCUGCCGGGACCCUGAGGAGGAAACAGAGGCCCAGCAGCCAUUUGAUGAUUUCUUAGAACAGGAGAAACUCACAGUGGAUGAAUGGAAGCGUAAGGGCUCGGGGCCUCGGGCUGCUUCCUCUCUCUGCCUGCAGCACCCCUCUCCUCUGCCUGCUUCGUUUUCCUGCCUGCCCUCAGCCGGUCCCAACCCCCUCCUGGAGACUAUCACCUCUUUCUCUCUGAGCGAAUAUCGUCUCCUGUGUGCACUUCUUUCUCCCUGCGCUGAGCUGACUUUCUGCUCCACACUAUGUCUGUUGGGAGAGGGGGGCUCUCUCUUGCCCUCAGCACCCCAUACCCCUUGAACCACCCUGUCUUUCUCAGACCACAUUUACAAGGAGAUUGUGAACUUCAGCCCCAUCGCCCGGAAGGACUCUAGGCGCCGGAGUGGCAUGAAGCUCCAGUGACCCGUCUAGCCCGACCCUCGGCUGAGCCCAGGAAUGGCCACAUGGUACCACCCGCCAGGCACUGCCCCUGGGACCAAUAUUUAUUUAUUGAAGCUUUAACCCAUCUUGGAUUAUAUAGCCUUCCAAGCAGAGGACAGAGGACCCUUGUCCUUGUGUAGGAAACAGGCCUAGGAGAUGCAGAAUUCAGAGGUGUUGGUUGGGAGAAAAUAGCUAUGAUCAUAACUGGCCAUAUUAAAGCGCCCAUCUGGAGAAUC